UCCGCCUUCUCCUCCUCUUUGGUGUCUCGAGCCAGGAGGCGGGAGUGACCCACAGCAGCUGACCCAGCUCGGGCACUGCCUCUCCCACAGCCCGCAGGACACACCAUGGGUCCAGAGGCUGGUUUGUGGCACACUAGCGACGACGCAGGCGGCGGCCCCGGCGACUCUCAACUACCUCCCUGACCACUACGACAACCUCCCCGAAGCCAUCGCCACCACCUGCAGGGGAUUCUACCCGCGGCAAAGCCAACCCCAUAACGGACUAACAGCUACGUAAACAAUUAUGGAGGGAGAGAGGAGGCGGACCGAGGGGCUGGGGGAAGGAUGGGCCAUCGACGUCACGCCCAGAGCCCCCAUCCGGGAACUAAGGCGGAGGCUCUCCCCUCAAAAUGGCGACAGCAGUGACGCGCCUGCGUACGGAACGCAUCCGUCGCGCCCCGGACGACGGGAAGUGAGGUUUUCAGAAGAGCCGCCAGAAGUGUACGGCGACUUCGAGCCCCGGGUGGCCAAAGAAAGGUCCCCGGGGGGAAGACGAACCCCGCCAGAAAAGUUCCGGCCGGAUUCUGCUAAAGAGGAAGUGAGAGAAAGCGCUUACAAUCUUCGGUCUCGACCACGGAGACGGCGGGGACCCGAGGAAGCCGAGGAGAUGAAGACGCGAAGGGCGGCCCGGGUUGAGCAGUUCUCACAGCAGCCUCAGCCGCAGGCGUCUCCGACUACGAGCAGGCGAGGGUUCCGGGACUCUGAGUCCUCAGAGGAUGAAUCUUCUUCCCAAAUUGUUACAAACCAAACAACCUCAAAGAAAACUGUCAGAACACCAGAGAUUUCAAGUCCUCUAUGUAACUUAUGCAGACCCCCACUAAGAAGCCCAAGAUCUGGAGAAACUGAAGAUGUCCUCAAGAGCUCUCACAGUGACGUCACUGUCAGGGUCGAAUCCAGGAACUGUGCUGAGUCUAGCGAUGAAGCCACCAGAUCAUACAGUCAUCAAGAACAACCUUGUAGUUUAUCACAGAGUCAGGACUUCACAGCUCAUGAGAAUCAGCCGUCAGUGCUGAGCUCAGAAUAUCAAAGAAACCCUCAAGUCAUAAGAAUGAGGACUCGACAGCCAUAUAAUAACAUUCAGGAAUCAGAGCUUGGAAACCAAUCUCCAUCAACCUCCAGCCAACCAGAAGCUGCUGAACAACCACAAAAUGAAUCUUCUGUCAACAUAAAGCUGUGGCUGCUCGCUCUGCUCGUUGCCCUUGUUUCUGGAGUGCUUUGGCUCCGUUAUACUCCUGCAGUAGAAACCACUGCCGUUCAGGAAUUCCAGAACCAGAUGAAACAACUUCGGUCUAAGUACCAGAGUCAAGACGAGAAGCUGUGGAAAAGAGGCACAACAUUCCUAGAAAGACAUCUGAAUAGCUCCCUCCCUCGGCUCCAGCCUGCCAUCCUUUUGCUCACUGCAGCCCAAGAUGCUGAAGAAGUGCUCAAGUGUCUGAGUGAACAAAUUGCCGAUGCCUAUUCUUCCUUCCGUAGUGUCCGUGCCAUCCGGAUUGAUGGGGCAGGGAAAGCUGCUCAAGACAGUGAUGAGGUCAAACAGCAAGUAGAUCAAGAACUGAGCGAUGGGUUUAGAAAUGGCCAGAAUGCAGCUGUGGUACACCGCUUCGAGUCCCUGCCUGCAGGUUCAACCUUGAUCUUCUAUAAAUAUUGCGACCAUGAGAACGCAGCCUUCAAAGAUGUAGCCCUAGUGCUGACUGUGCUGUUGGAGGAGGAGACCCUGGAAGCCAGUCUAGGCCUGAAGGAAAUUGAAGAGAAAGUGAGGGAUUUCCUCAAAGUCAAGUUUACCAGCUCUGACACGGCCAGCUCCUACAACCACAUGGACCCAGACAAGCUGAAUGGGCUCUGGAGCCGCAUUUCUCACCUGGUGCUGCCCGUGCAGCCCGAAAAUGCACUGAAAGGGGGCAGCUGCCUAUGAGGGGGAAGCUGAAAUCACGUCUCGAGGUCUGGGCAGUUUUCAGACUUUCUAACUAGAGAUGGAGUCUGGAGCAGUUUUUGAAAACUGGUUUCUUUUUAAAGGAAAUUAAGUUCAUACAUAAAAGUGGAAUACCUAAAUCGUUUGUGUAGCCUUAUUAUCUGUGAUUUGAGAGAAUCAUUUCUCUGAGAACUAUGUUAAGGGUAUUUAGCAUGGGCUAAAGUCGAUGCAAUUCCCCAUGGACCUACUUUGGUUGUGCCCAAAUCAUUCUUGCUGUGCUGUGACCUGUGAGAAGGACUAGGUGCCUUUCUCAAAGAAUCAGCAUUCUUUUUAAUUUUGGAUUUUUUGUUUGUUUGUGGCCCUUUUAGUCUGACAGCUUUCUAAUUGUAGCUGUGGGUUUCCCCCAUUACUUUUCUAUUUAUACCAUUUUUAAGUGUGUGAUCCUUAGCUUUUACCUAUAAAAGACAAAAGUCAUCUGGGUGUGCAGUUUAGCGGCCCCCCCCCCUUGCUGGCUUUAGCGAGGGGAUGAAGAGGGCUUGGGAGGUGGAAAGGUAAGAGAAAUUGUUGAAUGGAGAAGGAAAAGGAAGGGGGAAAAAUAGCUGCAAGCUGGGCAGUGGUGAGCCAUGCCUGUAAUCUCAGCACUUUCCCAGGGCAGAGUCAGGAGGGUCAGAGAAGUUCAAGGCCAGCCUCAUCCACAGAAUAAGUUUUCUGCCACCCUGGGCUACAUGAGACACUGGGUUGUUUUUUCUUUGUUUUUUGUUUUGUUUUGUUUUUAAAUAAAAGGGGGGGGAGGUUUGAAAAUGAAAUGUUACUUUAAAAGGAAAGCCGAAAGCCUCUGGGCAGUGGGCUACUUAGACGUGCCUAGGCUGUUACCUUGGUGAGCUGCUACAGUUUGCCCUUCAUGCUUCUGUCUUUUUCCCCACCUAGAGAAAGUUCUUGGUGUGAGGCUAAGCUCAGUGGUAGAGCGUUUGCCCAGCUUCUUCGUUACCCUGAGUUCAGUAACCAGCAUUCCACACGCCUGUAAUCUCAGUGCUCAACAAAAUGAGGUGGUAGCAUCUUGAAUCCAAAGCCAAUAUGGAAUGUAUGUAUCAGACCCCAUCCCAGUCCCACUUCCCAGUAAAAGGGUAUUCCCACAGCUUGUCUGUCAUGUUUAUAUCCAUAUUUGACGUGUGCCAUUUUUAAAGGUAGGUCUCUGGUUUAACCUGACAGUUUCUAUCUUAAAGAAAUACAAUUUCCAGUACAUCCUCAACUUGGUGGUUUGGACUCUAAUUUUUUGCUUUUUCCAAUACCAGGGAUUGAACCUAAGACCCACCCGUGCUGGUCAAGUACUCUGCCACUGAACUACAUCAUUCCUCGGCAGUAGAAAUGCAUUUCAAAGUCAGGUGGCUCCUGUCUGUAAUUCCGGCACUUGGGAAUCUGAAGCAGGAGGGGUGCUGUGAAUUCAUGGCCAUCACUAACUGUAUAGUGAGUUUCAAACCAGCCUGCACAGGCUGCAGAUUGAAAUACUGUCUUAGCCUCCCCCCUCACACACAAAGACAACUUCAAAAAUUGGUAAACAGUUCUCUCCUGGGCUGUUGAAGAGGACACCAUUCUGUGCUUGUACGUGUGUACUUUUUUAACUCCGUAACAAAUACAAAGAUAUGUGCACAUGAUCGGUUUUGUUGAGUGCCUCAAGUCAAAGGAGUGAACCUGACCACACGUGAAGCCUGCGGGACAUGUCUCCACUGCUAUAGUAUUUUAGGGUUUUUUGACCACACGUGAAGCCUGCAGGACAUAUGUUUCUUCUGCACACGUUGAGCCUGUGAGACAUGUUUCCACUGCACACGUGAAGCAUGUGGGACAUAUGUUCCCACUGCUAUAGUAUCUUAGGGUUUUUUGCACUUAAAACUUGGCUUUCUCUUCUGUCAACUGCUUUUUUGUCUUCAACUCUUAUAAUUCUAGAUCUGAGUUCUUUUGCCCAUGGGCAUCUAAACGAAAAUUCUACUUUUUAGUACUAGCCAACCUUUUUUCAGGGGGACUACCUGUAUCUGUACCUUUAUCAUAAUCCGUUCCUGUCAGAAGGCAGGCAAUCAGGUUUAUUUUAUAAAGAAUUAUUAAAAAGUUUGGAAAAGUCUUUAUUUUUUACAUACAUAUCAUAUGGAAAAAGAAGUGUUUUAUUGAAUGUUCCACUGACUUAAAUAAUUUUGAAGUGAUAUGUUGCUUAUAUCUGUCAGGAAAAAAUUAUAGCAGCUAAUGUGUAAAUAACUUUAAAAACUAUUUUAGUAAUUUAAAUAAAUUUACUUUUUGAGUUUGUAGUCUGUGUAUUAUAAACUUAAAUGAUUUACAAGCGUAUUUUUUUUAAUUCAACUUUUCUUUGCAAAUUUUAAUGACCUUUACUAAGAGAAGCUCAUGUCAAACAAGUACAUUGCUUAGAAACAUAGUGACAAUGAUGUUUUUAUCCAUGUAGUUUGACUUAGCAUUCAAGUAGAUUUGCUUUAGUAUCUAGAUCUCCCAAGAGUCUCUGUAACAGGUUCUUAUGUAUUAAUUCCCUCCCUGAAGAACCUUUUUAGAUUUCCUGUCACCCCUUGUUCUGUAUCUCAUAUUCACUGUAUAUCUACAUAUACAUAUUAUGGUACUUUAUAGAUAUUCUGACAUACACAUACCCCCAUAAACCAAUUUUCAUAGUCACUGAGAAUGUGUACUCAAGAAUAUCUCCAAUUAUUUUUACAUUUUAUUUACUUUAUGUGAGCAUACACAUGCUGCAGUAGUCAUGCACUGAGUAUACAUUGUGGGGGUCAUUUCUUUUACCAUGUGGGUUCUGGGGCUCUAACUCGGGUUGAGGCUUAGUGGCAACUUCCUUUACUGGCUGAGCCAUUUCACUAACCCUUAUUAUACCUGUUAAAAGGACGGGGGCAUCACACCUUACCUAGCAUGCACAAGGCCCUGGGUCAGUCGUCAGCACCUGUUAUGUAAAUAAGUAAAGAGAACGUGACUGCCUGGCAUUGGAGCUCAGCCUGGGCUAAAUAGCAUCACUGUGUCCUAAGAAAACCAGGGCUGGGGUGGUAGAACACUUGUCUAGCACGUGAGGCUGUGGGUCCGCUGCCCCUGCACAGCCAAGGAAAACAGAUCUGCAUGUUGCUUAGACAUGGCUCUAACUCCGCUCUCCUCCAGUUGUGUCUAUGAUCCUUUCAAGAGAAAUAAGCAUUAGCAGGAUAGAGGAAAUUCAGGUCUCCAGAAAGUGAGCACUGUGACUUUAUUUCACAGUACAUUAUCAAUUUUACAUUUUCUAAAAACUAAAUUUGCUUCCUUUCUUUCAGUUACUUUCUUUACAUUUUCUAAUUCUCAAAGUAAACUGAUUUUCAUUCAGUGACAGUUAACAGAGAUGAAAGUUUGUAUAUUUUAUGUCAAUUAAUGCCUAAGCUGAAAAUGGGAAACCUAGUCCCAUGUGAUUUUUUUUGUUUUGUUUUCGUUAGCUUUUCGAGACAGGGUUUCUCUGCUUAACAGCCCAAGUUGUCCUGGAACUAGCUCUAUAGACCAGGCUGGCCUCAAACUCAGAGAUCCGCCUGCCUCUGCCUCCCAAGUGCUGAGAUUAAAGGCGAGCGCCACCACCGCCCAGCCCAUGUGAUCCUAAGUGCCCUUUAUGUUGGCUGUGUAUACCUGGAGUUCUCAUGAAGGUGAUGAAGAUGAUAAAGUUAUUCUGCUGAAUUGUCCUUAACAUGGUCACAAAGCAACUUAUGAAUGAGUCCAUGUCGCCUCUUCCUGAGGAAGAUGUUACUGACUGACCACCCAGAGCCCUGUGUGGCUAAGGAUGCUCUUGUCUUGAAGGGAAGUAUCGUCUCAGCUAAGUAGAGAAAACUUGGACUGCACACCGCGAUCAGGACAUUUGGCCUCAUAUCCUGCAUGUUCUUAGACUCUUAGACAUCCUCUUCCUGACUCCUUUUUGGCAGUCAUAUUGUUUGGCUGAGUUUUGCUUCUAAGACCUCAGUUGUAAGUCUUAAGUGAAAUCUUCCCUACUCUCCUGUUACU